CAAAACAAAACAAGUGAAAACGCGGAAUCGGGAAUCCCUGAAUUCUCUCCAAUUAAAUACAGCAACAAAAUAACAUAGUUAUAUUAUUUUGAAUAGUGAUAAUACAGUACGAAAAAAUUGUUAAAAGAAACUUGAUAAACAUUAUAUUGUGAAUAAAAAGCCAAGCUUAAAGAAAAAAAAAAAACCGAAGAAAGACAUACAUUUAUACGAACUUUAAGAUCAAUAUACAAAUAGAACUACCUGCUGAAUAAGGCAUACAAAACAGAGAUAGCCUUCUUCCAAAUAUCAAAAGAGCUGAGACAACAGAGAUUUAGAUUUGAAAACGAGGAAAACAUCUAUUGCCCCUUCUUAUAGAAAACCAAAAACACACUAAACUGAACCAUUUUAGAAAAUACAGCUCCAAUUGAAAAUAAAAAGCCCAAAACUGCAUACGGAAAUUGCUGUGCUAUGUCCUCGGCUACAUCGGUCUCAUCCGCCCAUACGAAAACUCCUCAAUUAUCACAAGCAAGACAAGCAUCAGCACCCAAAGGUCCACAACCUGCUCCACCUCCAUCAGCUCAGAAACAGUCGUCGUCGUCGUCAUCAUCAUCAUCCCCGUCGCCUCCUCAAUUGGAUAUAACAAACGAGGAAUAUCAACGUUUGUCGGAGGCCUUUAAAAAGGAAGAGUUCCGUAAGCUCUUCCUCGAUUACGUUGAAGAAAUUCAGGAUCCCGACAAUCGUAAGCGCUAUGAAGAAGAGAUUGUGCAAAUCGAAGCUGAGCGUGGUGUAGAUGUGAUCUUUGUACACCCGGAGCCGGGUUUCGUCAUUAAAACCUCACAAAACGGUGAACAAAAGUGUUUUAUAAACUGUGCCAAGAACUCGCACGUGGGCAAGCCCAGCAGUCAGGUAUGUGUGAGUCAAAGUACAGGCCAAAAGGGAUUGAGCUGGUCCAUUCCUAUGGCCCAGGCGCCGCCACGUGACGACUUGGACAACAACAAGAAACGAUGUCGUGUAUACGAUGUAGUCUUCCAUCCAGAUGCCUUGUAUUUGGCCGAAAAGAAUGCCACCUUUCACAAAUGCCUGGUGGACACCGCCAUAGAUGCUGUUGAAAGGGAAUAUAAGGUUUCCCUAGACCGCAUAAAUGUGAAAUUUCCCAAAUUGCAAUACAAAGGAUUGCCACGACCCACUGUGAUACGUAAACUGGCUGUGAAUCCGCCAGUCGAGACGGAAGAACCGCAUCCGCUCGAUAGCAUUUAUCCUGCAAAACCCACAUGUGAUGCGGGCCAACCCAAAGUUUUACCCAUGAAAACUAUGGACAGUGCUAUAAAUGGCACAACAAACAACAAAAUCUCCGAAUACUGCACUCCAAAGUACACACUGAAACAUCGCCACGAUGUUGAUCUCAGCCAAUAUACAAAUGAAUUAGAUGCUAAACUCCAUGCUACCACACCACGCGAAUUAGUCCUAGACAUUGAACUUCCACUCUUGAAUUCCAGCAAUGAAUGCCAGUUGGAUGUGACCGACAAAACGGUGUUUCUCCUUAGCGAUAGAACAGGAGCCAAAUAUCGUCUCAAUGUAGAUCUGCCCUUUAGGGUGAGCGAGAAGAAUGGCUCAGCAAAAUUCGACACUGAUAGGCGGCAUUUGGUUAUAACACUGCCCGUGAUACAGCCACCCAUAGCCAAACAAAGGGAGAUGCAUGAAAGCCUACUGCAUAUAAAUCGUGAGGAUAGUGGUGUGGAGAGCGAUGUGUUAAAUGAAGAUUUGCACUCUAGCCACACAGAAUCGCCUAUUGAAGAGUUAAGCUCGGCUUCCUUUGAUGAGAGUCUACAACAUGCUGUGAGAAAUGAUACAAUCAACGCUGAAGGCGUUUUUCUAAAACCAAAUUUAGAUUACCAGCUUCCGGCGAAGUUCGAUUGCAAUGUCCUAGACAAUACCAUGUCCUUCAUUCUGCAAGUGCGCAAUGUCCAAGAGGAGUCCUUGAAAAUGAAGCGACAAGAUCGCCUUAUACACAUGCAGUUCAGUUCUCUGGGUUCCGGUUACUAUCCCACCUAUUAUGCUUUCUGUAUACAACUAUCAGAGGCUGAGGCAGAGGCAAAAAUUGUUGACGCCCAAGCAGAGGCAUGGGAAAAUAAUGUCAUACUUAAUGUACAUUUAAAUCAAUCCGCCGAAAAAAUAUCUAGCUAUCUGGCUGGCUUAGAUAGCGAGGAUCUCAAGGAAUGUUGGCUGCAUGGGAAAGGCCGCAUGAUUCAUAAGUCCAGGCAACGGCAAAAAUCUCCCAAGGAUCAACUGCAGCAGCAACAGCAUAACUUGGACAUAACCAUAGAGCGUUCGGAAUGUGACAAAUCCAUAGACAUUGAAAUAAAAUCGCGUGCCAUGGAAAAUUCCACUUGCAAUGCCAAUACCACCGAGGAUGAGCUCAAUGCUGCUGAUGGCAGCUCACAACAAUUCCAGAAAAAGCUCAACAAAAAACAGAAGCGUAAAAAUAAAAAACGCCGUUCUCUAUCCGAAUCUGCCUGUGACGACAUCAAAGCAUAUCAACAAGAACAGGAGCAACAACAUCAGCAGCAGCAGCAGCACCACUACCAACAAUCUACGCGCAAUAUGCCGGUACCCGAAGUAGCGGAAAACGAUGAGGAUGCCGACGAUGAUGAGGACUCAUCGCCAGAGCGCUCGGAAAAAUUACCCAAGUCGCCUCUGCAUAACAUCUCCUCCUCGAUGAAUGUCCCUUCAGUUGCCAAUGGCGGUGGUCUCCACAUCAUUGGCCAGCAACGCAAACAGCGUAGUUUUUCCGAAUCACGCGACAGUGCUAUUAGCCUAAGUGCUGGCAGCACCUACAAGGGGAUUCUAAAGCAUUACAGUCGCUAUGCCCCAAGGCCCUCAAUAUCCGAUUCAUGCUCGUCCAUUGACGAAUGCUCAUCCAACUAUUCGACAUCGGUGGAUGGCAUGACAAGUGCUUUCAAUUCGAUGCGUUUCUCGCAAUCCUUUAGCGAUAUUCCAGAGGAGAAUGUGGUGGGCUUAUCGGAGAGUUGCAAGAAAACUGUGCGUUUCAGUGAAGUUAUACGCAAGCAAGUAUUCAGGUUUUCUUUGCAGCCUAUGACUCCGCUUGAAACUUCAGCAUCUGACAGUUCUCAAUACUUUAAAGCCAAGAACAAGCAAAAUAAUAACGGAAACUCAAAUAACAAUAACAACAACAACAACAACAAAAUAAAGGCAAACGAUAAAAAAUCGAAUAACAAGAAUAAUCGAGCAAGACUUGAAUCUGAAUCGUCAUCGGAUGUGGAUAAUCACAAGAAUUCAAUGAUGUUCGAAAUGGAUAUGUAGACUGCCUCCGUAGUUUAAUUAGGAAUAGAUUCCAUACGAUAUGCACAAUACCACCACUAACAACAACACAACACCCACAUAAAACGACACAAAUUUGUAUUGUGACAUCGUGUUUUUUAUAAAUCAGCAUAAUCAUAUAACACAUACGUACAUACAUACAUAUUUACUACGCCCACACACAGAACACAUCUAAAAAAACAUACAUACACACAUACAUUGUUUUAGCCCAUAGAGGGAAUAUCUAUAAUAAUUAUAUAUAGUACACACUGUUAUUGAAACUAGGCUAGAGUUAUAGAAAACAAGAGCAACCAAUUAAUCAGGAUACAAUUACAAAAAAAAACACAUUUCUGAAUAUUUAUUAGAACUACUCGUACUCUUUAAUUGCCUUAUAACAAACGAGAUACAUACAUAUGUAUUUGAAUACAACAACACAAUCACAAUAACUGAAUUUUUCAACACACCAACUAUAACAACAACAACAUCACCACGAUGAUGAUGAUGAUAAUGCAUGUGCAUGCGGCUCACACAAUAAAAAUUAGAAAAACGAAUUAUCCACUUAACGUAACGUUACAGAUUUUGGCCUUUUGAUUUUUUUCAUGAAUUAUGUAUUGCAAAUAUUUUUUUAUGAAAACCAACUUGAAACCAAGACUUUGAAAUUUGAAAAAUUAUUAAAAUAUUUAGAAAGAUAAACUUUUGUUGAUAUAUUUAAAUUAUUGUUAAAUUUUGAUUGUAAACCCCUGUUACAUCUGAGGAAAAUUAAAAAACUCAAACAAAAGAAAUGUGCAUGCAUACCUCUGGGGCUGUGUCUAUAUGUCUCUCUCGGGUAUCCUCUUAAAAAUCCAAUUUUGUUUUUGGAUUCCAGAAGAGCAGCCUUCUUCCGAAGGGAUUGCAUGUAUUUACAGCAUACCACGAGUAUAUUCGGUUUAACUUUA